UUCUGCUUUCAACAGAUACGGACGCCAAACACCAAUAUAAUUCCAUUUGAGUUCCGGCGAAAGCCAGAGCAGAGCCAAAGCCAAAGGCAUCCGUGCUCGAGAAGCUGUUCUCUUUGUGGCAGUUGAAGAUACAUAGAGAGAUCCAUUAUUGCACAGAAUAAAUGAUUCUUCCCCUUCUCUUUGCAUGAACAUCAACGAAGGAUCACCGGGUACUCAGUUCUUAAACAUCAAUUUCACUGGCCGAUGUCCGAAAAUCUUUAUCAGUUUUGAUCGAAAUUAGUUAUGAUAAAUGCUUAAUUAUCAUAGAGGAAAUGUGAAUUAGGUUUAGUGUAACAAUUAAAGGGAGUAGAUUUUGUUUUUGGUAUUAUUGUUGUUGAUUUUUUUAACAAUUAGGUUGGAGAAAGCGGAGAUAUGAGGGGGCGGUCCCACCGUUUCCAGAGCGUAGACCCGCACGAUGAUUGGGUCGACGGCUCAUGGACGGUGGAUUGUGUGUGUGGGGUGACUUUCGAUGACGGUGAAGAGAUGGUGAAUUGUGACGAGUGUGGCGUGUGGGUUCACACACGAUGCUCUAAGUAUGUCAAAGGAGAGGAAUCGUUUGCCUGUGAUAAGUGUAAGAGCAAGAAUAGUAGGAAUAGUAUUCAUAAUGAUAGUGAAGAGACUGAGGUUGCGCAAUUGUUAGUUGAGUUACCCACAAAAACUGUGAGAUUAGAGAGUUCUUAUAGUGGGCCGGCAAGGCGGCCAGUUAGGCUCUGGACUGAUAUUCCAAUGGAAAAUAGGGUACAUGUGCAAGGGAUUCCUGGUGGGGACCCUCAGUUGUUUCAUGGACUGUCAGCAGUUUUUACACCUGAGUUGUGGAAGUGUACAGGCUAUGUGCCAAAGAAGUUUAAUUUUCAAUAUAGAGAGUUUCCAUGCUGGGAUGAGAAGGAGGGUGUGCGCCCAAAUGGGGAAGAUACUGAUAAGGAGAAUCCAGUUGAUAAAGGGGCAGGUGUAUUAUUCUCUCUGUCAAAGGAGAGUGUUCUAGAAACACGUGUGGGAGCUCUGGUUGGAGAGAGGGAGGAGGAAGGUGGGUUUGAUAAGAAAGUGUAUUCAAAGGAGAUGAAGUGGGAAGGUGAGGGUGUGGAUGCUAGACGUUCUCAAAAUGGCAUGAAGAAAGAGAGGAGUUUGCUUCGGACUGUUGUGGUACACUCAGGGAAGCGGAAGAAAGAAGAUUUGGGCAUGUCCAAAGACCGGAGCGGAAAGAAGAAAGCUAGGGCUGGUGAGAAGGAGGCUGAUGAAAGGAAGAAAAGUUUACAUGGUUCUAGAACAGUGUUUAGACCUACCAGUGAUGCAAAACAAUUGGAAUUUUAUGAAGACAGAGGUCCAAAGUCAUCCAAGACUGACAUUCAGAUUAUAAAGAACAAGAAUGUGCGGGAGGAUGUGCAUCAUGAGCCUAUGUCAGAUGGUCUUCCUGCAGAUAAUACUGGUGCUGACAGAUCCAAGACCAACUUAGCAGCUAAUGAAUGCCCUUUGGAGGCCUUGUCUUCUGAUGUUACUAGACAUUUCCCUUUAAAUGGUGAUGGACUGAAGGAAGAAAUGAUUGGCCAUCAACUUCCUGCAGCCAGUAAGAGUUCUCUGGCAAUUGAUGACAUUGCUAGGUCAAUGUUGGAAGACAAUGAUACCAGGAAUGUUUCUUCAAAGCAAGAGGGAGAUAGCAUAGCUCUUGAUAAAGUAGAUGAUAGCGAGGAAGCUUCUGCUAAAAGUGCUCAGAAGUCUCAUGUUGAAGACGUGGAUAAUGUUGCACAAGUAGUUGGGAACAAUCAGAUUCUUGAAGAUUUAAGUGGUGUCAAUCAGAACUCUGUACUGCCUUGUGUUGAAGUGAAAACAGAAGUGGAUAAUGAAGAUUCUAGGGCUAGCUUGAAUUUGCAGUCUUCUUCUGGUGAUGCUAAAGUACAAAAUAAAAUGUAUAAUCACAUGUCUGGAAACUCUAAAGUGAAUGAUAUAAUGGCAACUUGUUCACAAUCAAGUGAUCAUAAGGCAAAAGGUGCUGAAAGAAUUUUAGAAGCAGUAAGUGAUUACUGUUCAGAUGAAGCUCAUGAAGUAACUGGUGAUCCUUGUCAGAUUAGACGAGAACUGAAUGGUUUAGAUGGUCCCAUUGAAAUGCAAAAAGGCUCCCCUGAACCCAAACACGAUCCAGGGAGUGUCAAGGAUCAAUCAAAAUCAGAAGGAAAUAGCUUCAACUCUGUGGCUCUAACCGGCCAGCAGAAAACGGUGGUGUCUGUUGGAAAAUCAUCAUCCAUUUUGUCAAGUACUGUGGCCACCAAAUCAUCUGCUUCUGAAAACGUGAAACCUGAAGAUUCUCACAGGUCUAAUCUUAAUGCUAAACAAAGAGUAUCAUCUGAGAAUAAUGUUAGUAUUAAGAAUGAUCGUGCUGUUGGCGACAUUGUCAGGGAUGAAGAAAAGCAUGAUGUGUUGAGAAAAGCAGCAAAAGAGCAUUCAAAAUCCUCUGUGAAUCCAUCAUCAAAAGUGUCGCACUCCAGCAGGACUUUGCAUGCUACUUCAAAGCGAACCAUGUCAGAUUCAAAAGAUUCUGUGGUUCUCUCAUCUUCUAAAUUAUCAUCAGGACAGAAUGUUGCUGUUGCUUCAGUCUCUGGUGAGUCUGCUGGGUCAGUUCAAAGUCAGUGUAGCUUAAAAACACAAAAUAAAAUGUCAACUUCAGGUUUACCCUUGAAAAGUGAAAAGUUAAAUCAGUCAAAUUUCCAGCCGUCACCUAAGGUAAAUCAUGCAGCAUCCAUGCAUCCUCCUGCAGCUUCGAAGGCUCCUGCGAUUCUAAGUGAUGAAGAGCUUGCUUUGCUUUUGCAUCAAGAGCUCAACAGUUCUCCUAGAGUACCUCGUGUACCGCGAGUGCGGCACACUGGUAGCUUGCCUCAGUUGGCUUCUCCAACUGCAACAAGCAUGUUAAUGAAGCGUUCAUCUAGUUCUGGAGGAAAGGAUCACAGUUUGGUUUCUAGAAGAAAAAGUAAGGAUGCAUUGAAAGAUGGGUUCCGUUCUUCUCGUGAGCUCGAUGAUGAAGCUAGAAAGGUGGAUAGAGUCCCAUCUUCACCAGAUCUGAGAAGACAUGAUAUGGGAUAUGCAGCAGAUACUUAUACAAGAAGGGAAGAAAAUGGAUCGCCCACAGCUGUUAAUUCUGUGAAGAAGAAUAUGCCUUCUGUCUCUAACACAACUGCAAAUAGUGGCCCAUCUUCCUCCACUGAGGUCAAUGAUCAUAACGUGUCAUCUGUACGUUGUUCUCCAAGAAACAUCUCUGAUGAUGAUACGGGCACAAAUCGUGGUCCUGUUCAUCAAACUUUACCUGGCUUGAUCAAUGAUAUCAUGAGCAAAGGAAAGAGGAUGACUUACGAGGAACUCUGCAAUGCUGUCCUGCCACAUUGGCCUCACUUGAGGAAGCAUAAUGGAGAGCGAUAUGCAUACUCAAGCCAUUCACAGGCUGUUCUUGAUUGCCUGCGAAACCGACAUGAAUGGGCUCGGUUGGUUGACCGUGGUCCCAAGACUAGUUCAACUAGGAAAAGGCGCAAAUUUGAUGCUGAUGAAUCUGAGGAUAAUGACUAUGGCAAUGGAAGAAGUGGAAAGGACGAAGAAAUUAAAAGCCUUGAGUCUCAAAGAGAGGAGUUUCCCAAGGGCAAGCGAAAGGCAAGGAAAAGACGACGUCUAGCUUUACAGGGAAGAGGGAUAAAGGAUGUGCGGAGGAGACGGAAGGCAGACUUGGCCUCUGAGGAUGAUGAAGUUGGCUUGUUUUCCAAUUCUAGUGAUGAGAGCUUGUUCAGCGAGGAUGAGACCCAUGGAGGUAGUGCAUGCCCAGCAGGAAGUGAGGCUUCAAUUAGCUCAGAUGAGACAGGGACUACAUAGUUCUGAUGAGGACCAAAUGUAUUGUGAUAAGAUUUUCCUAGAUUUGGGAGGACCAUCUCGGUUAAACAGUAGUGAGAAAGUGCCUCUUCCGGUUGUGUUGCAGAAGAGAAACCAGCUAGUAGUGCAUACACAGGGUCGCACGUUUUGUGGGACUGUUGAGAUUGUCUUAUGUUUGGUGGGUGGUGCUGCCAAGUCUGACUUGGAAAAUGUAAUGUUAGUGUACAAAUGAUUUUUUUUUUUUUUUUUUGGUUGUAAUAUUUGCAACAAUAUGGAAAUGUAAUGUAAUGUAAGAUGCCCUUUUGGGUGGAAGCAUGAACAGAAUAUGUGAGUUUUAAAGAAGGCAGUAGGGAAUUACUUGGGUAUAAAGAUUUUGCAUAUGCAUUUCCUAUUCCUAA